GGACACGCUGCGGAUGGCUUGAGAUUAGUAUCUGCGCAGGUGCCAUUCUCACAGUGUGUGCUGUGAGAAUGUCGCAGACGUGUGCUGCUACUCUGGCACUCACACUUGUCCAGGCUGUUUCUUAGGGGGUCAUCUUGCCUAUGAUAUCAGAAAAAGGGAUUUCUACUUAGUAUUAAGAAGUUGAAACCAAAGUAGAAAAUGUUCAUCCAUUGCUUUCCCCAAACCAUUCUUCUGCCUAGAAAUGUCAACAACUUAACCACAUGCAAAUGCCCAUUUGUGGACAAAUGUGUACAAAAGACAUUUGGGAUUCCCCUCUUUGAGACUAGAUUAAAGCUGACCAUAUAGAUAGGGAAGAAAACUGUUUUUCUCUGUAGCAUCAUAUUGCUGCUUUGUAUAUUUUCUGAUAGAGUAGCAUCAGGUCCUCUGGCUGCUUUAUUGAAAUCAUAUUUGACUUUUCUAACAAGGAAAUUUCCUGUGCAAAACUCUAGUUAGAGAUUUCAGUGACUUGUAUCACCAAGAGGAGGACCAUCAGCAUGCAGUGGAGGUCCAGGCUUCAGACAUGUGAGGCACACUGAGGAGCAGCUUUAUUUGCAAGAGGUAUUAGGAAUCUUCCUAACAAAGUUGACCUUCCGGAUGGGAGAAAUCAAAGCACAGACCAUAGAUCCAAGAAAAAUGGCUUCUGGUCAGAAAGGGUGAUCUGAGAUUAGGGGAAGAUGUGUCAUCAGUAUCAUCCCCUGGUCCAGCCCUGUGAAAUCACACCUGAGUGGUAGAGAAAUAUCUAUGAAAAAAAUAGUAAAACAGAAACAAAUGUUUCUGUCUGGCAGAAAGGCAGCUGCAUGGCUGUCAGGGCCAUGUAGAGGGGACAUCACAUGUACAUGGUGGCAGCGGGAUGUCCCCAGGUAGCAGAGAGUCGCAGGUGGCUCAUCAGAGACCCUAAAGAACUAGCCCCCUACUUGUAGGUGUCAGUGGCUGUGGUAGGAGUGGCCAUAGAUAGUUUCUGGUUACACAAGAUUGGUGUGGGAACAGCAUGACCACAAGAAAAAUCUGGGUUGACGGCCCCAGGGAGCUGGAGCAGAAUAUUAACAAUAGUAGCUAGCAUUUGAGUGCUGCCCAUGUGCUUGAAAAUGUUCUAGGUGAUUUACCUUUGUUAGCUCCUAUAAUUCUCAAAACGACCUCGAGUUAGGUCUUUCUAUUAUUCCUAUUUUAUAGACAAAGCAGUGGAGCCACAGAGAGGUUAAGUAACUUCCCCAAUGUCACACAGCAAAAAGUGGCAGAGCCACAAUUUUAAUCUGGGUUGAAGUGGAAAAUAGAUAAUGCAUAUUCCUAGGAUCUGAGAAAUGUUUGAGGUCAGGGGGAAUGAGAGGCUCUCCUUUGAAAGAAGCAGCAGGGGGUACUGAAACAGAGUAGAAGAGUGUGAAAGCUGGUGGGGUUUUUGUUGUUGUUGUUGUUUUUGGUCCUAAGUUAGUGGCAUGAAAGCACUGCCCUGGAAGAGAUGGAGCAGCAAGUGCUCUACCCACAUGGAAGUCUUUGGGACCUGCACUUCAAUGAGCGCGGAGAGGAAAAGGAGAGAAGAACCAACACAAUUGAAGCACCUACGAGCGUCAGGCACUGGCCCAGCUGCCAUGGACCCCCAAGUUGAAGGUCGUAUAACCUCAGCCUGCCCAAAUGAACCAAGCACACAACCACAGGGGGGAACCCAAGAGUUCCAGUGGGAGAGCUGGAAGAGCGGGGACCAAUGUGAGAAGUGGACACCAUAUGGCAGGAUCCAGGAUCCAAUCAGAUUGAGCCCUGGGGUCACCCCAUGGAAGGAUCCAGUUGGAUCAUGCCUCCUGGCAUCACCUACUGCAAGAUCCAAUCAGAUCACACCUCCUUACCCUAUGCUUAUGAAACCCUACCCAGCCCGAGGAUACAGAUUUGAGUAUUUCCUCCUGUUUCCUUACCAGUCAAUUUGCAAUAAAGCUUUUUUUUUUUUUCCUAAAGUUGGUGCUGUGGUAUUGGCCUCUAUGAGCAUUGGAUUAUACCGUAAAAGUAACCAGCUGCAGAAACGGAAGACAUCCAAAGUCCUGUGGAGUGGAUAA